AUGAAGUUCUCUUCCGUUCUUUCACUCUUUGUCGCUUCCGCGUCUGCUCUGCCUACCUCUUCCGGAUCUCUUGUUGCCCUUGAAGGGCGCCAGAUAGGAAGCAUCACUCGCAAUGACCUUUCCGACGGAGCUGCUGGCGACUGCCCUGGGCAAAUCUUCAUCUUUGCUCGUGGCUCUACUGAACUCGGAAACUUGGGUACUCUAGGUCCUCGAGUUGCUUCUGCUCUUGAAAGCAGCUUUGGCCGAGAUGGAGUCUGGAUCCAGGGUGUUGGCGGUGCAUACCGCGCUACCAUCGGAGACAACGCCCUCCCUAGAGGAACAUCCAGGGCUGCAAUUCGCGAGAUGACUUCUCUGUUCAAUCUGGCCAACACCAAGUGUCCUUCCGCGAAGCUCGUCGCUGGAGGUUACAGUCAAGGUGCUGCUCUGGCCGCCGCCACCAUCGAAGACCUCCCAUCCAACAUCCGCGACAAGAUCGCUGGAACCGUCCUUUUCGGAUACACCAAGAACCUUCAGAACCGAGGCCGCAUCCCCAACUACCCAGCUGAGCGAACCGAGGUCUUCUGCAACGUUGGCGACCUCGUCUGCACUGGUUCUCUUAUUGUUGCUGCUCCCCAUCUGGCUUACCAGUCCGAUGCUUCUGGACCUGCUCCCAGAUUCCUCAUCCAGCGCCUCAAUGCUGCUUAA